AUGUCCGCGCUUCCUUUCUCGUCCGGAACGACGGGUAUGCCGAAAGGGGUGAUGUUAACUCACCGGAGCAUGAUAACGAGCAUCGCGCAACAAGUAGAUGGAGGAAAUCCAAAUCUUUUUCUGAAAAGUGAUGACGUUGUGCUUUGUGUUCUUCCCCUGUUUCAUAUAUUUUCUCUCAACUUUACUUUGCUUUGCUCGCUGAGAUCGGGUGCGGCGUUUGUGACAAUGCCGAAGUUCGAGAUUGAAGCAAUGCUGAGACUGAUACAAAAGUAUAAGGUGACGGCGACGGCGGUGGUGCCCCCACUAGUGUUAGCUUUGGCGAAAAGUCCUCUGAUGGAGAGCUUUGAUUUGAAUUCUAUAAUAAUUGUACUGUCAGGGGCGGCGCCGCUCGGGAAGGAGCUCCAGACCGCACUAUGCCACCGACUGCCGCACAUCAUCUUCGGCCAGCCUCCGACGCAAAACUCAUCAUCACCCACUCCAUCUUCGUCGAUAAAAUCCAAAACGGAACCACGGUGA